AUGACAACAUCCGCUACCAGGCCUGCUCUGCAGGGCCUGGCCUCGUCGACAUCAUCUUUGCCCCCGAGAGCCCCGCUCGGCAAGAAACCGAUACUACGGACACCACAGUCGCGUUCAGUCUCUACCAAGAGGAAGCGAAGCGACGACUCGGACGACAGGCCUGAAAGCAGCCCUACGAAACGGCUCAAACACGUCACGUUCGACCUGGAAUCCAACAUGACGGUCGACAUCGGAACGAGGACUCUUGAGGAAACGAAGCGGGAGGUCAGAAGUGCACUGGAGGACCGGGUCCGUGGGGAGACCGAGGGCUACGAGAACCUAAAGGCAAUCUUCCAAAAUGACCGACAGAGAUACCUUCCACCGAUAGUAGGGGAUGAGGAGGACUGCUUAAAGCCCCAGGAACUCAUCGUCUACGUGGUUGCCCUGUCCACUUGCGCCCCGAUGCUGGACAGGUCAUGCUCAGACCUGAUAAAGAUCGUAACAAAGUGCUCAUGGCUGGGCCGAGAUGACGCCUUUUGCAAGGCCUACACUCAGUUUUUGGCUGCUCUGAUCAGCGCCCAAGGCACAACACUUGAGCUGGUUCUGGCCAUGAUCGUUGAGAAGUUCAAGGACUACCGCGAAAACGCUUGGAGCGUUCCCGAUUUCCCAAAAGUCAGUUUCGACACGGCCCAGGACCGGCUACAUGGCGGACUUCGCUACCUGCUUAGGCUUUUCCCGGCAGCCAGGCCCGUGCUGUGCAGCUUGCUGGCGAAGCAGUUCCCAUACUUGGAGGAGUCCAAGCGGGUUCACACAACCUACGUCAAAAAUCUACUACUGCUCAGGAAGUACGCACCGGAUUUGGGUCAAGAUAUAAUGGAAUUGAUCAUAGAUCGACUCGUCAAGAUUGACGUGCAGGUGCAGUUCGACUUGGAUGAUAUGGAUGACGAUUUGACGGCUGCAAUAGUUAUGCACUUGGGUUCGGCAAGGGAGAAAACCGACCUCGAUAUCGAUUCAGACGAGAGCGAUGCUGAGUCCAUCGCCAGUGACGAUAGCGAUUUUGAUGCGGAAGCCACAACGAUUGAAACAGGAUCGACCACUAUACAAAAACUCGACGCGAUAAUGGAUAUGCUCUUCGAAGUAUACAAGCCAAGCUUCGAGAAUCCAACGUCUGACGAGGCAAAGGAGGUGCUGGGUGACUUGAUAUCAGAUUUUGUCAACCUUAUUCUGCCAACUUACAAGUCACGCCACACACAAUUUCUCGUCUUUCACUUCAGCCAAUACUCUCCCGAACUGAUGGAUCUAUUCGUCGGUACACUGUUCAACUUGGCAUUCGAGUCAAAUCGCCCCAUGGCUUUGCGGCAGUCUGCGACAGCGUAUCUAGCCAGCUAUGUGGCCCGAGGAGCCGCAGUGCCUGCCGAGAUUGUGAGGAACGUCGUGGAGCUGCUGUGCCACCACGUCGACAUGCAGAUGCGGAACCAUGCGGAUGGCUGUAGGGGGCCCGACCUACGGCGCUACAAGCACCUAUAUUGUCUGGUGCAAGCGCUUCUCUACAUUUUUUGCUUCCGGUGGAGGGAGCUAGUGGCUUGGGCGCCCGACCUUGUCGAUCCCUCGGAGAAGUCGUCCUACCUCGGCCACGACCUCGAAUGGAUCCCGGGCUUCAAGGAAUCGAUGAGCCGUAUUAUAUACAGCAAGUUUAACCCACUCAGGGUAUGCUCGCCUGGAAUAGUGCACGAAUUUGCCGACCAUGCUCGAUUGCUUCGGUUCAUGUACGUAUUUCCUCUGCUGGAGAGCAACAAGCGGAUACAUCUAUCUCAGUUUGCCUCUGGCGAUUACUCAACCGGUGGUGCGCUCCGGGAUACCUGUUACGAUCCUUAUGACGAGAGCGGUUUGCAACUGGAGGCGUACUUUCCCUUUGACCCCUAUCAGCUGCCGACUAGCAAGCGGUGGAUCCAGGACGACUAUGUGAGAUGGGAGACAUUGACAGGCAUGGGCCUUGGAGACGAUGAUCUAGACGACGUCUCUAUAGAUGACAACCUAGACGAUGAUGCCAAUGACUACGAGGAGGAGGAUACGGCAACAGACGACGGAAAAGACGAUUGA